GGUGGCAGCGUCUUGCAGAAAUCCCAUGAGUCCUUGUCCAGAUCGAAGAGGAGAGUGUGUUCAUGAGCCGUGAGGACAAACGCCGGGCAAGAAGUGUCCUCUCGCUUCAUUCACAGGCAGGCUAUGCUCCCACCCCACACAACAAACAGAAACACGCAGGCAGCUGCACACCGCUCAACACCCAUACGCCGCACACUCCACCCAUACGCCCAGCAAGUGUUGGGAACAGUGAGGAUACAUGAGGACUACAGAGAGAGCCCCACCACAGCCGCCUUAUCUGAAGACGGCCCGGCCCGCCCACUACAUCAAUCACACAACGACACGUGGGACACCAGCAUGCCUGACUAGGCCACCUGCAGCUGCUUCUGCGAUGGGGUGCCAGUGGGCUGCUGGUCCCUCGCCAUCUCAGUGCUGUCAUUCGGCUCUCCAUUUGGCGCUCCCGCGCCGUCAUUUGACAACAUGGCCUCGUCCCAUUCCAUCCGCCUCCGAAUGCGGCCAAACAUGAAGUGCUGAAACAGACAAAGCCAGACACACACAUGACAAUUAAUAGCAUGUUGACACUGCCGUCUAAUCUGUAGUGUGUGUACCUCAGUGCUCCAUCCCUCCCGCUGCAGGCAGCUCAGGAGUGUGGGGAAAGUCUUGUCGGCCACAGAUUGCGCCAGCUUGAUCAGGGGCAGCAGCGCCUUGACAGAGUGGGUCGACUGCCGCAUUCGGGCACACUCGAUGCGCCAGGCAAUCGGGCGGGGCAGCAGCUGCUGCCACAGGGCCGGCGGCUGUGGGCUUGGGCUUGACGUGCUGCUGAGGAAGGCCUGGAGGUACUGGCGGGCGAGCAGGCUCUUCAAAAUGUCCAUUCCCUUCGCCUGUGUGUGCAGCACCACCGUCGCCUCGCUCGGCUCGGGCAGCAGCAGGUACUUCUCAUCACGGAAGAUCCGCACAAGGGAUCGCAGCUCGUCAGGUGUGACGCAGCUCUGCCUGAUGGUCUUGAACAGGUGGGGGCCGCCUCGUGCAGGCAUCACCACGCGCUCGGUGCAAGCGACGUGCUGCGGGGUGGGGAUGGCCAGUUGGUCGGUGGCCAGAGAAGUGGCCGAGGCGAUGGUCAGCGCCGAGGAGAGCUUGUUGGUGGGGCCGCGGUCGAACCCCCGCUCGUUGAAAGACUCCACGGCAGCUGUGGCGUCGCUGCUGGUGCUGUUGGUGGUCUCGGUGGGUGACGAUGCCCCACUCAUGUUGUCAGGGAUGAGUGGCGGGACGGCCGCGAGUGUCUCGUCCACAAACUGUGAGAUGACCAUGUUGGCCCGCUCAUGGUUGAGCCACCGAAACACCACACUGCGGAUCUCCCGAUAGAUGGCGUACAUGUCGAUAGUCGACAGGAUGAUGUAGGCCAGGCCGAUGGAGGCCUGCCCCGUGCCGAUCAUGCGCGACAGAGUGAUGCCGAAGCACAUCCCCAGGAGGUCCACGACGGCCACCUGGGCCUCGCCCUUGGCCGUGAUGUCGCCGAUGUUGCGGCUGCCGCCGGCGAACGAACUGUAGACGGCGUUGCGCGUGGCCGACGACGUGAGCAGCGACAUCUGCUUCAUCGUGUUGGCCAGCGUGGCGAGCAGCAGGAAUGACGUCGGGAACACGUACGUCGUCACCUCCAGACCGUUGCCCAUGGCGUACAGCAGCGAGCUCCGAAACCGCCACCGCUUCGCGUCCACAUCGAAGGACCGGCCCAUCUUGGACGCCCACAGGAAGCGCCCGAUCUUGCCGAGGGCGUCCUUGAGCACCCACGAGACGGCAGCCGCCUGCCCGAGCCGCCUGGCCUUGAUGCCGAGAGCCAGCAACAAGGCCUGUGUGCCGAAGACGUUGGCCGUUGCCGACACCAGCCGCUGGAAGGCUCGCCACCUGGUGUAGCCGUAGUAGUCGGGCGUGACGUUGUCGGGGACGAAGGCGCUCUUGAGGGUGUCCUUGAUCUUCCGCGGGAUGUGCUUGGCGAGCGGCAGGUGCUCGCCAUCGACCGACUGGGCGACCGAUGAGAUGAAGAAUCGCUUGGUGUCCUGGUCCCAGAUGAUGCGCCGCCUCCCUGACCCGCUCGACUCGUAGAUGGCGUCGGAGUCUACCGGGUCCCUGCCCAGCAGGUUGCAGGCCAGGUUGGUCAGGUGGUGGGAGGGGAGGGCGUCGGGGACCUCAUCGGGCUCACCGUUGCCCGUCACGUCACCUGCAAACACGUACAGGCAGCCACCUCAACGAUAGAUACGAUUGCAUAUUUCUUCCUGUGGCUCGGCUCACUUUCGCUGAAUCCGUCCGCCACGUUGCCAAGGACUUCGAGCUCCUCUGGGGAGAAGUGUGCCGAGAACUUGGCCGUCUCGAAGCGCACCUUGAUAGGCGUCUCUGCCGUCAGGUUGGGGUAUUCCAGGACCUUCUCCACCCGCCCCACAAAGCCCUUUGGAUUCAGCCCGCAUGGCUGGAACUCCCGUUUGUGAAAAAAGCGCACGUGGCUGGCCGUCACGCGCACGAUGUCGCCCACACGAGGGCAUGGGGCCGGUGGCUCGGGGUCGCUGGGCACAUCUGCGUCUGCGGCCGUGUCCUCGGCGGUCUGUGUGAGCUUCGUGAGCUGUGAUGACGCCGCUGAAAAAGCGACCAGUCUGCUGCUUGACAGUCUGCUGCUUGAGCCAGAUCGCCAUGGAAUGACCUGAACACGACAUCAACUCAACACACAGUACAGGAGAUGAGUGGCUGUCUGUGCGUGGCUGUGUGCAUGAUCUGCCUCGCUAACCGCUUUGGAUCUGAGAUCUUUGGUGAGUCUUGAUGGGAGGAACUCGGGGCGGCUGGAGAGGCUCUGAAAGGCGCUGCAGAGGCGGAAGCAGAUGUAGGUGAGCAGCAGGGAUGGACCGCAGACACGCUGUGCCGUCGGAAACCUUCUCCGACGCCUCCGAGCCAUCGUCGCUCUCAAAAUGGCAACUGCAGAGGGCCCAGGCAGCUACGUGCACGCGCGAACUCCCACUGCAGCCGCCUUCACUUCAAG